AUGGCAGAAAUUGCAACGGCGCCGCAUCCCGUCCAUCGAGUAGUCGAGGAAGAGGAACGCCGUACGACACUGCCUACUGAACAGCUUUCAAAAGACAAGGCACCGCAGGGCUGUCAGCACCGGAUCGACUCUCUAGACGGACCAGGACCAGACCAGGAGUGGCACAGUGGUGGCUGGGCAGUCCGCCAGCUUUGCAGCCAACCUCUGGACACUCUGUUCUUUGUGCACACGGCGCCGAAGAACUGGAAACGCCGUGCUCAGCUGCGUGCCACUCUGUUCGAAGAGGCCGGCCGGACCGGUUUCAACUGGACCGGCAUCUUCUUCAUUGGGAAGCACGAAGACCCCCUGGUGAACAUGUGGACGAAGCUCGAGGUAGGGGCUACAGGGGACGUCGUGAUGCUACCCUACAAUGACACCUUCUUUACAAUUAUCCGCAAGUUCGUCGGCGGCAUGCGAUGGGUGAACGAGUACUGUCCCAACGUGCGCACCAUCGUCAAGAUAGACGAUGACGUCGGCGUACAGCCGUUUCAGCUUCGGCAAUACCUGGACAAGGAGCUGCCAAGGAAUAACCACUCUAUACAUUGCUACGUGUGGUUGGGGAGUAAUGUACACCGUGACCCCAGCAGUAAGUACUGCGUCCCUGAAGACGACCUCGUCCAAGACGUCUACCCUUUGUACUGUUCAGGUAGGUCCAUGAUCAUGACGAUGGAAACGAUGCGGAAGCUUUUCAGGGCAUCGAAGAUUGUCAAGGGUUACGCCAUUGACGACGCCUACAUGGUCAGUACCCUGAUCCCUAGGUGCAUUCUAGACAAGUUCGUAGUGGCCCCUGCACCCUGA